UCAGUCUCGGUGCGCGCACGCCGCCGUUCGCGCGGUUGCAACGCGCUAUCCAAUUCGAAUUGAGUUGACGCGUUCCGAAUUCGAAAUUCAAAUUUGAAGUUUAUCGAUGUUUGCAUUUAUUGCUGUGUUGCCAGUUAUUCGCGACAGUGUUGCAUUGUAAUCAAUAACACUUAAGUUACUUUGAGAUUUUAUUUUAAUCACUGGUAACACUUUAAGAUAUUUAACAGUGAUAACCAUCGAUAAAGUCAGUGCUAAUUGGAAGCUGUAAUUUGAGUGCGCAAAGUGAAGUCGACAAAAAAUAAGAAAGUUGUCACAAGUGUUCAAAAAAUGGUUAUGGAGUCCCCACAGCCCGCUGGGCGUUUUUGGCCGUUGUCGCCUCGUUUAUGGCGUCGGAGCAACGAGUACUCAAAAGUCGUUUUUGAACCGAGACGACCGCCGACAUCACCCAUCGAGAUACGGAAACAUGACCGAAUAGAUGAAACACCAGAUCUGUUACGGUCUAGAAGUUUCAUAAACGAUAGACUAGACCAUUUGGAUUUGGAUGACGAAGUAGAGCUAAGAAAACAUAAAGUGGAUGAGAAGUAUCGGUGGAGUGUCGAUUCGAAAAAGCCACCUGUGAAAGAAAUGAAAAAAGAAAAAGAAGAAGUCGUCAAAUUGAGAUCAAAGAAACAAAGGCAACCGAGACCAAACAGCCUUCAGUUAUUACUGUGCCCAUCGAGUUCUGGACACUACAGCAGUAAUACGUGGAGAUACACGAGGGUUCGGUCGAAGAGCCAUGAGCCGGAGGGCGGCGGGCGGUGCGGCGAGGGGCCGCUAGCGCGCGCGAUGCAGUCCACACCGCAGGGCGGCUCGCCCAAGCGGCAUGCGACGCCGGCGCCGGCGCAUGGAGCGGCAACAGACCCGUCAAUGUUGAAGGUCCACCUUCCAAAUGGAGGGUUCAACGUUGUGCGGGCGUCAGUGGAGGAGGACGUGCGCUCAGUGCUGCGAUGUCUGGCUGCCAGGCUCGCGGCCGGCGAGCGGGUCUACGCCUCGUGCUACGCGCUGAGGGCGAGACGGCUCACUACUGGCAAGAUCCGAUGGAUACACCAAGACACGCCGGUGUCGGAGCUGCUGGCGAAGUGGCCGGCCAGCGAGUGGCGCCUGGAGCUGCGGGUGCGCUACCUGCCCGCCAACCUGCGCGACCUGUGCGACUCGGACCGCGUCACCUUCCACUAUUACUACGAUCAGGUUCGACACGACUACCUCAAUGGCAAUCACCAAAUGGUAGAUCAAGACUUGGCGAUACAGAUAUGUUGUUUAGAAGUAAAAUAUUUCUGUAAGGACAUGCAGAUAUCAUUGGACAAGAAGUCAAACAUAGAGUACCUGGAGAAAGAGUUUGGUUUGCACAAGUUCCUACCCAAGUCUGUGCUAGAUGCGAUCAAGCCCAAAGUGCUGAAGAAAGCGAUACAGCAGCAAUUCAAAAAGGUGGCAAACUUAAGCGACACCGACUGUAUGCUGAAGUACCUGGAGACGAUGCACACGCACUACGGAUACGAUCGUGAGACGUUUACGGGCGCGCUCGGCUCCGGCUGGGCGAUACCUGUCGAACUGGCGAUAGGGCCCGAUAUAGAUAUAUCAUAUGUAUCCCAUAAGGCAGGCGAACCUCCCACCUACACUAAAAUCGCAUCUUUCAGUGAUAUUGUAGCGGUACAGACCUUGAAGUCCAAUUGUACGCAGCAGUCAAAUUCGCAGACGAGCUCAUGUGGAAAGGCAGCGCUACAAUUAAGAGUGAAAGGUGCUACAGAAACGUUAACUAUUACGUGCAGCAGUGUUGAGGCUGCAGAAAGUUUAGCAGAUUUAGUAGACGGCUAUUGUAGAUUAGUGACAGACUCGCAAACCUCGCUAUGGAAUAGAACAACGGAAAUGAGCAGUAGUUCCUCAGAAGGCAAGACGAGUUCGUGGGAAGCGCCCACCUCCACGCUCAUGUCGGAGGACUACGCGGAGAUCGUUGACGAUGACGCCGACUACUCCACACCGGCAGUUCGAGACUACGAGUUGGUGCGUAAUCAAAUCGAACUAACCGGCAUCAUUGGAGAAGGACAGUUUGGAGAUGUGCAUAAAGGAACGUGUAAAGUGACGUCAGCGAACCACCCGUCGCUGCGGCGGCAGCUGGCGCUGCAGCGGCAGCAGGGCAAGGCGGGCGCGGGCAGCGACUGCGUGCUGCCCGUCGCGGUCAAGACGUGCAAGCUGGACGCCGACCUCGACACCGCGGAGAAGUUCCUGGAGGAAGCUUACAUAAUGCAGCAGUUUUCCCACCCGCACAUAAUCGGACUGGUGGGAGUGUGCAGCACGCCACCUAUAUGGAUCGUCAUGGAGCUGGCCACGCUCGGGGAGAUGAGGGCGUAUUUACAGCAAAACUCACACAGGUUGGAGACGUGUACUCUGGUGCUGUACAUCUACCAGCUGUCGACUGCGCUGAGCUACUUGGAGAGCAAGAAGUUCGUGCACAGGGACAUCGCCGCGAGGAACGUGCUGGUCUCUACCCCCACUUGUGUUAAGUUAGCAGAUUUCGGGCUAUCAAAAAUGGUAGAAGACAAAUCAUACUACAAAGCGUCGAGAGGCAAGUUGCCCAUCAAGUGGAUGGCGCCAGAGUCCAUCAACUUCCGGCGGUUCACUUCCGCGUCGGAUUGCUGGAUGUUUGGUGUAUGCAUGUGGGAAAUCCUGAUGCUCGGCGUGAAGCCGUUCAGCGGAGUGAAAAACAAUGACGUCAUCGGGAAACUGGAGAACGGCGAGCGGCUAGCGCUGCCACCGCGAUGUCCCCCGCGGCUCUACUCCGUCAUGUCGCGCUGCUGGGCCUACGAGCCCUCGCAGAGGCCCACCGCGCACCAGCUGAAGGAGACCCUCUUUGAGAUCCUGCAAGAGGAGCGCAACACAGCGUGGGACACCAUGCGGCGCGAGAACCGGCGCGUGGCGGCCGCCUCGUGGGGCGACGAGCCGCCGCCCAAGCCUUCGCGACCCUCCACUAACCUCACUGCUGCGGUGGAGUCGGGCGGGCCGCAGACGUACAUCGUGGCGCAGAGCCCGCAGGUGCUGGCGCAGCUGCUGCGCGACAACCCCGCGCGCGCCGACCCGCACGCCUACACCACGCCCGCCUCGAGUCCGGAGUUCGAUACAGAACAAGCGGUGGAGAGGCGGCUGUUGGCCGAAUUGGCGAGACAGCAGCACCAGAGUGAAGAGGAUAGACGAUGGUUACAAAUGCAAGAAGAUAAUUUGAAACGCUUGUCUAACGUACAGCUAGUACCUCCUGCGGACGAAAACUCCGAGAAGUGUGAAGUGACACAAACUCCUGGCGCGCCAGACAGCAAACCCUCUAGUCAACCGCAUUCAGCGGCAAAUUCGUCAGAGACGAGUCCGGCGAAUACUGUGAAACCCAAAGAAAGCAGGACACCCAGUGAAGACAAGGGUACCACAAACCAAGAGCCAGUGUACGUGGCGACGACGGCGGUGGUCCGCUGCGUGAUGCGGCUGGCGGGCGUGGCCACGGCGACCACGCCCGCGCCGCCCGACCUGCUGGAGGCCGUGCGCGCCGUGGGCGCCGCGCUGCGCGGGCUGUGCGCCACCGUCGACAGCCUCGUGCGCUUCUACCCGCCCAAUGCACAGAGAGAGGUUGAAAUGGCUCACCAAGUGUUAAGCAAGGACAUGGCCGCCUUGGUGGAGGCGAUGCGGCUCGCGAUACACUACUGUCGCACCACGCUUCACCACGACUACACCAAGAGCAUGCUGGCCGCCGCGCACGUACUAGCAAUGGACGCAAAGAACCUCCUCGACGUCGUCGACUGUAUCCGCGAAAGGCAUCCUCACAUCGACUGGAAGUCAGCCCUCCAACUGGACGAACCUCAAACCUCAUCACCCCCACCAAACUGCCAAAACCUCGACUCACAGAACCAGGUACCUACCUCCCAACCAACAACACCUCAAACCGUUCUUAGUACCCAAUCGUCGGUCCAGGAAACGGAUUCCCCACCUAAGCCGGACUUCAAAAUAAACCAACCAGUGACAACAGUAACGACUGCUCUCAACCUCUCCGACCACGUACCUAAAGAACACAACAGCUUGCCCGUCACAACUAAUCGAGUGUCUACCCUCAUUCACAAUUACAACUUAUACGGUAACGUCAGAGAACCCCAGCACAUAUACGGCAACGAAGGCGUAUCGUUCCAACACUCGCAGUCGUGCGACGAUUCGAAAAUCGAUUUGGCACCCAUUGAGUCGGUCAAGAGCCGCGUGCAAGCGAUAUCGGGGAAAAUCGAUACACCCCCGAUUUAUUCGGUCAGCAAAAAGAUGGUGUCGAUCGAUCAGAACAUUGGCCACGAUCAAGGAUGAAUGUUUGAUGAAUGUUAGAGUUUUGUUUUUCGCUUGUAGUGAGUGUUGAUUUGACGUUGUUCUUUGGUGCCAGCGUAGCUAGGAUGUUUUCUCCUACAAGUAUUUUGCAACGCUUCAUUCGUGUGCUAUGAAUUGAAUAUCCGAUGAAUUGUCCAAGGGGAACUUUGUUCAACUGUGAUCCAAUAAUAUAUAAUUGGGUAUCUUUUUCCAAAAUUUUAUGAAAACAAAAUAUAAAAUAGGUACUCUCAAUCGAGAGUUUCCACAAUUUUAUUGACAUUACUAAUGAUGAACCUUUUUUGGAAAUAAUCUGUCAACUUUCUUAUCAGAUUCAAAGAGCUCCACUUUAAAAACACUUUUUUAUUCUUAUAAUAUAAACCCGAUUUAAAUAAAAAGUAUACCAAAUAUAACUUCACUAGCCGCCUUGAAAAAUAAAAUAUGAUCUUCAAUCAUCCCAAAAAUAGUACAUAAUAGAUAGCGCCAUUAUUUAGUUAAAUAAUAGAGCCAGUAAUGAAAAAUUCCAAAUGGCCUAAAAGGAGGAAUGAUCCUAGCUACGCCUACGUGGUUUCCAGUAAGCCUCGUGUAUUAACGAUAAUCUCGUGAAGAUACAAAGACACUAGCGCUAAAGUUGAAGCUCUUUCCUAUCAACCUCAGACCAAUUACAGAAGGACCAGUACCGCACCGAAAUUCACAAACAACAUUGUCUGUUAUUUUCUGAGGUAAACGGACAUAGAUUUGGUACUUAUCUUUAUUACUAAACUAAAAGAUUUUGCCCGUUUUUUACACCAUUCAACUACACAAAAAGGUAUUAUUACGGAGGUCUUUAACCGACGAACACAAUAACAACUAUGAAACAUCUAUCGUUGAUCAUAUACUUUGACAGAAAAGUCUUAACGGGGCAGGUCCUAUACGAUAAUAAUUGGUCUGAGCUCUCAACGCACUGAAAGAGCGCUCUCUUUCAUUGCAUUGGGACGAUAGUUUUGACUCUGCUGCUAUUGGUCGACGUUUGUCUUGUACUCGUCUCGAGAUAUCAUGGUGCGUGUUUUAGGCAUACUGGAGUUUUAUUGUGGCAGGGCUAUGAGGCGUUAGUGUUUAGUACUUACCGGAGAGCAUUUAUUUUACUGUAACAGUGUCGCUUCCAUUUUAUUAUCCGUAAGCUAUGUUAGCUUAUUUGAAGGAAUACCUUUCGAUUGCUCAAUGUUUUGUAGCGAAAUUUGGAACAUUAGUUUUGAUUGAAAUAUGUAUCUAUGACUUUGUCUGUUGUGUAUUCAUUUAUUGGACUUUCGGAAGUUUAUUCGUGUGUUUAUUGAUCGACGUUGGUUUUGUGUGAAUCUAUAAAUUAAUUUCAGUUGGCACAUUGUUUAUUUUUCAUGUUUGACUAAAUUUAUAAAUUGUGUUGUCUUAUUUAAAAAAGAUUCACACAAAAUCAACGUAAAUCUGGGGUGCAUUGUGACAGACAGAUGUUUCAGUACUUCACAACAAUUGUGCUCAAUAUUGAAUUUAUCAUCGUAUUCACAAUCAACCAUGUUACAUUUCCAUUCAAAACGAUUUGCUUUCGUGAAAUUCUGAAUAGCAGCCUGAAAUUGAUAAGUCUCUUUGAUAUAUUCUAUUUACUUUUUGCAAUCCUUUUGAACUUAACAUAAAACAUUUCUAGACUUAUCUACAUUAUUUUCAAAGUCAUUUCACAAUCGUUCACAGUUAUGGUCAAUCUAUUCCGGGAAGUCCAUUUAACUUUGGAUGUAGAGGUAUAGGUAAGGUGACAGACCACGCGCGUUUGUGUGUAUAAACUAAAGAUUUGUUUAGUUAAAGAUUUUUUUCGAUUGUAUAUAAAUGCUGUAGGCUCGUAAUGUGACCUCAGCAGCUUCACCAGAUCAUCAGAUAUAGGAAGACCUUGUCUUCGCCAGCGAAGAUGACGGUAGCUUGUGUUUGUGUUGCCAGGGAAGCAUUAUCAGCCUUUAUGUCAUCAUCAGAUGUAAAGGAAAUUUUUCGGGCGUCUAGUUCUACAAUCGGCAUCGGUAUCGGGGGUGUUGUUGCAAUCAUCAACCACCAGUUAUGGUUAAAGAACGUUCCUUCGAUUUUGCAUACCAACACGAUGUCUGUCAUCUAUCAAAAGCUUGUCUGUCCACCUUAAAUUUAUAUCCAAAGCGAAACAGUCUUCCUAAAAGUAAACAAACUAUAACAUAAUAUUCAACUGUGCAAUGCUCCCAGCGCAAAAUUAGUAACAUAAUGUAAAUCCUAACAUAUCAUCGGCAUUGUUUCGCUUCGAAUAAAUCAUAUUAUAUCGUGUUGCUUCGUGUCCAGAUAUUGUUAUACAUAUCUUAAGUAAUGUAUAAUUUUUGAAUAAUCGUUGAAGCAAUGGAUGACAAAGGCGUUAAUAAAAGUAAUUUAAGUAAAGACAGACGAUUUCUAGCCUGGGGAGGGAAAUUUAUAUUUACUCCUGAAUGGUUUCUACGACAAAUAAAGAAAUACAAUCUUUUCGUUCAUUUAAAUCUUUGGUUUGUAGACAUACAGUAUUUAUUAGAUAAUAUAAAUUUAAUAUUUUUUUUCAAUUGACGUGAGCACAUUUUAUAACGCCCUUUUUCGAAUCUGCGCUUCAAUGAUAACUUUAACUUGGCGCUUAAGGACUUCAUGAUAGUGGACUUAGUUCGACACGAGCUUUUUGGUUCUAUUCAUGACAUGGAGAUUUUUUUGAAAGUUCACAUUUGUCUUGCACAAAUUGCAAAACACAUUUUUGCGUGACAAAAAUUAAAUCUUUCAUUUUAGGUCACUGUAUUAGAGCGAUUACAUCAUUUAACUCUCAAUACUAUCAUCAUGCCAUUGUGUAUUUUUUUUUUGUUUUACCUGGAAGCUUAUACUGUGCUCGUGUAUCAAAAAAGACACAAGCACAGUAUUUGAAUGUAGCACAUAUAAAAAUAAAUUAAGUAACACGAGUAUGUAUAGUGAAUCUAUUCUAGGAUGUCUGUAUGGCUUUAGAUGUAGUGGUAAAAUGACAAGUGCGUUUCUGUUUUUUUGUUUUCUUAAGGUAUUCUUAUGGUAUUUUAAGAUAGUUCCUUCAAUCUCCAACGCACUGAGCUUUAACUGUCUACCUGUGUAAAGGUACACCUUUAGGCCAAUCAAAGAGCUUAUAAUAUAAUUCUAUAAGUCUUACACUGUGCUUAAGAUACAUGCCACGAUCUAAAACAUAUCUACGAGUAUGUCCGAUCGCAACGAAAGGGAGGACGAAAUUCUCGAUUCGUCAGCUAUUGGUCGACAUUAUAUCUUUAUCUCUUAGCAAGAAAUGUCUUUGACACAUCUUAGGCCUACUAUCUACUAGGCCCAGGUUCAUCCAAAGCCAUACAGAGUUUUUCCACAAGUAGACAAACUAUACAUACAAUUAGCCGAAUUCAAAAAAGGAGGAGGUUCUCAAUUUCACGCGUAUGUUUUUUUGUUUUAUUUCUAAAAUCACCAUUACACAGACUGCAAAGUAACCGAUUGAUAAUAUUGAUUUGUGAUAUUAUUGCCAAUAACUGACCUAAUUCGUAUUGAUACAUUGUACCGUUUACUCGUAAGGUUGAUUCAUAGGCCUAUAUAGGGAGGGGGGGGGGGGGCUAGUAUAGCCCUGUGCCCACCAUAGGAUUGUGGACUACCGAUAUGGAAUUUUAUAGUUAUACUAAUAAUAACCCCUCCCCCCGCCCUCCCAGGAAAUAAUCCUAGAUACGCCAAUGGGUUAACACAAUCACACGUGUAAAUCAUAAACGCAUUCCACUAAAUUGCACCUACGAUGUAGGUUACGCAAUUAUUUUCAUACAAAUUUUAUAUUUUUGGCAUAAUGUGUAAAUGUUCGUGUACUAAUACAGAUUGCUAUGGAUUGCGAUAUGUUUCAUCUUAUAGUAAUUUAUUUAUUGGAUAUUUGAAUUUAAGAGUCCAAAAAUAACUACUGUUUUUACAAGUUUAGCGAAAUUUAUAUCUUUUUAUUUACUGUAAGUACAAUAUAUAUUUUUUUUUUAAUUAUUAUUAUACCACACAUAAAAUGUUUCUAGUUUGGAUACAUUAUAUAGAGGAUCAAGAAGUUUAACGCAUAAAUAUAAAUAAAUAAAUAAAUAUCUAUAUUUGUAUAAUUUUCGCUAUUACAAUUAGCAUUCUUAAACUUAUAUCGCAAUCCAAAGAGAUUUGUUUUAAUUCAAAACAGAAUUAAAUCUGCCUCAAAACAAUAAUAAAGUUAUUAACUUAACUGUAUUAUAAUAAUUUGAUGUUUAUCAAUAAAGUAUUAUUUUGUAAUCGUAUUGUAUUAAACGUGUAUAAUAUUUUAGUUAAGGUGCGUACAGUUGUCACAACACUGCAUUUAAGUUUCUCGACAAAUUCGUACUAGUAUAGGCGGAUGCAAUAUUUGUGACGUCUCCGAAAUAAGGUGCAGGUUGUACAAAAAUGGGUACGGGGAAUCAAUAACGGGUGCCCCGCUGCUGAGUGACCGGUGAUACCUAAAAUCUUGUAUUGCGUAGCUUAACACACGACGUUCGGAACCUUCAAAAACAUUGCAUCCGACUAUACUAGUACCUGAUUCGCAUUGAGUGAAUGUACUAAACUACUAGAUAUCUGUUUUACAGUAAUUAUACUGAUUUUGAUAAGUUUUGCUUUUUUAUAUUUCAUAAUAAGUGAAAGGCUGUUUAUCUAGAUACUUCAAAAUAAAUAUUUUAAAUCUGUAAUGGUGCUCGACGCAAGUAGAUUAGUUUCCAAAUACGAUAAUAGGAAAUGUGUCUUUAAUUUAAUUCAAAUUACUGAUUAUUAGUUUUUGUUUUAAUUCCUGGACAUUUUAAAUUUUUAGAUAUGUGCCCUUUUUGAAAAUGCAUAUUCAUUUAUUUGUAUUGCAUCAAAGCAUGUUUACAAGAUGUAAACAAUUUUUUUAGAUAAUUUUUUGCCUUUACUGGGAUGCAAUGUUUUUUACAGAAUUUAAUUUCUUUAUGUUAGAUUAUAAAAAUUUCGUUUACAAGUAUGUAGGUACUUACUAAUAAAAUGUCAAGUUCUGAUCAUAUCAAAUGAAUUUAAGAUCAAUAUAAUUUUGAUCACUAUAAAUGAUGAUUUAUCUCCAUAUUAUGAUAAAGAUUUUGAAACAACUAGUGUGAUAGUACAUUUACUUCAAUGUUAUAUAUAAUAUUUUCUUUGUAAAAAUGUACAAAACUAAUCGAUUGUCCAUAAUUAAUUAUUUUAAUUUUUAUCCAAAGUUUUAUUAUAAGCGUAGAUCUCAAGAUGGAAUUUUGUAGAGAUAGAUUGAUUUGAUUAGUUGUACACAAUUAAUUAUAUUAUAUUAUUAUCAGAAUUUAUUUAUUUGAUGAGUCUUCAUUGAUAUUGAUAUAUGUAAAGUUGUUUUAGUAAUGUGUUUAGAGUAAGCAGGAUUCAUUCCAAAGUAUAUGGUAUGUAAGCAGGCUCGUAGUAUCGUCCAUGUAUCGUAGGUGAGCUGCUCGAGAUUAUUUUACGAAUAUCCCUUGACGUGGACCGGAUUUUGUUUAUGCAUUAAACUGAAUAAAGGACAGGUCAAAA